UCUCUUACAUCUUCACAACACCAAAAAAAAUUAAAAAAAUUUUAAAAAAAAAUCAUAUGGGGAGGUACAAAUUUAAAUUAUAUCUAUAAUAAAUAUAAACAAUUAUGGCUAUAAUAAAUGUAUACAAUUAAACAUAGAGAGACAAAUAUAUUUAAAAAGUGUAUUAGUAAUUGCUCUAGGAGCAUAAAUAGAGUUACUAAAGCAAAGUAGAAAGAAAAUCUCUAUUAAAUAAAAAGAAUUAAUUAUAUAAUAACACAUUAUAAUUAUAAACUACAUUAAUGCAACUAUAUGAUUUUUGUUAAAAAAAAGGAAAAAAAAAAUAUUUUUUGGUAUUUACAAUUAUAAUGUUAUUUGAUAAGAUUUUGUAUAUUUUAAGAUUAAUUUUCCUUUCCCAAUGAUCGUGAGAAAUUAUUAAGAGUGCUUAUGAAAGAUAAUUAAUUGCAGGCGGUCGUAUCUAGUCUUGGGGACAACAACGUGAUGGUCAUACUGGACAAUCACAUAAGUAAGCCCGCCUGGUGCUGCAGCAGCUCUGAUGGCAAUGGAUUCUUCGGCGACCGGUACUUCAACCCUGAUCAAUGGAUGCAGGGCCUAUCUCGGAUUGCCACCAUGUUCAAUGGCGUCGAGAAUGUAGUUGGCAUGAGUCUCAGAAACGAGCUCAGAGGCCCCAAACAGAACGUCAAUGACUGGUACAAGUACAUGCAGAAAGGGGCUGAAGCAGUGCAUUCAGCCAACCAAAAUGUCUUGGUCAUCCUCUCGGGCUUGAGGUUUGACACAGACUUGUCAUUCCUCAAAAACCAGCCAACGAGCCUUACCUUCACCCAAAAACUGGUUUUUGAGAUGCACUGGUAUAGUUUCACAGAUGGAGAGGCGUGGGAAGGUGGGAACUCAAACCAGGUUUGUGGGAAUGUAGUGAACAGGGUAAUGAGAUCAACUGGAUUUUUGUUGCAGCAAGGGUAUCCGCUGUUUGUGAGCGAGUUUGGGUUGGAUCAGAGAGGUAACAAUGUAAAAGACAACAGGUACUUGAAUUGCUUCAUGGGAGUGGCAGCUGAACUUGACCUGGACUGGGCGUAUUGGCCAUUAGUUGGGAGUUAUUACCUUAGAGAAGGGGUUAUUGGGUUUAAUGAGUAUUAUGGGAUCUUGAAUUGGAAUUGGGUUGGAAUCAGGAAUUCAACUCUCCUAAAGAAAAUCUCAGUCCUACAAUCUCCUUUCCAAGGGCCAGGUCUAACAGAAUCUAAGCUGCAUAAAGUGAUUUUUCAUCCGGCAACAGGCCUCUGCAUCCAAAGGAAAUCGCUGCUUGAGCCUUUGCGCUUGGGUGACUGUUCAGAAUCUGAAGCCUGGAGUUACACAACACAGAAGAGUUUAGUGAUAAAGGGGACAUAUUUCUGCAUACAAGCUGAUGAAUUGGAGAAGCCUGCAAAACUUGGGGUUAUCUGCAGUGAUUCCAAUUCACUAUGGGAAAUGAUAUCUGAUUCAAAGAUGCACCUAUCGUCUAAGCUUAGCAACGGUACAUCAGUUUGCCUGGAUGUGGACUCCAGCAACACAGUUGUUAUAAACACAUGCAAAUGCUUAAGCGAAGAUAACAUGUGUGACCCUGCAAGCCAGUGGUUCAAACUAGUUGACAGCACAAGGAGUUCAAGUGGGACAAAACCUUUCCUUUCAUAUUUUACCAUACAUGAUGGCUUAGGGAGCCUAGUGGAAUGGAUAUGAGGGCAGCCACUUAUGCAAAUUGGCCAAUGUCAGAGCUGAACCAGCAUGUCUACAACUAGACACUCCAGACACUAUAUUUAGAUCUUCUCUGGGGAAAAAGUAUUGUAAUUGAUUAACUCGUACCUCAAUUCAGGUGCUAUCCUGUUGAAGCUUAGGAAUUCUUUCUUUUCCCACCAGGGUAACUGCCUAGGCAUUGUAUGCAAAUGCAAUUAUCAUUCUCUAUAUCAAAUAUCCUGGACAGCACAAGAAUUCAAUAAUUCAUGUAAAUAAAAUUUUAUAAUUUUA